GGCGAGGGUACCCAUUGUAAAUGCCCUUACCCCUUUGCCUGUCAUAUGAGUCUUAUCCGAUCAUUUGCCGUUCUACGGAUAUCUAUGAACUGGGAUUUAACCGGAUCGCUUGGGCUUCACUUCGACGGUAGUCGCCGAUUAGCUUACUUCAGGCGCUAAUUUUCUCAAGAUCUAUUCUGUUCAGUAGAAGGUGGGGCUCAAUCAUGGCUGAUGUUUCAAGCUCUGUGUUGAGGAUGGAGGAGAUAGCCGGGAAAGGGAGAGGCCUAGUUGCAGCACAGCCUCUCAAGGCAGGCCAAACGGUCCUUACUGAAUCCCCUCUCGUCCUCUACUCAGCCUCCCCUCUCUUCGCCUCGCCCGCCGUCGCCCACUGCGACCGUUGCUUCAGAACCGUAGCGUCCGAUGCCGUCCCGUGCCCGUCUUGCCCCACCCACCGUUUCUGCUCCCCCAAGUGCCUCUCCCUUGCACUCGCGUCCUCGCACUCCGCUUGGGCGUGCAGAGCGCUGUCCUCUCUCGCCCAGCAUCCCCAUUGUUCGUCGAUGCUUCAAGAGCACCCACCGGAGCGCCAAGUCCAGGCCCGUUUCGUUGUUGCGGCCCAGAGCCUUGUCCUUCGGUCCCCUUCACAGCUUCACACGUUGCUCUCGCUUCACGGCACUCCGGAUGGUUCCCUUGUCCGGGCUGCUCGGUUUCUUCACUCUCUGUUAUCUCUGGUGUGCGAGCUUGAACUCUCCGUUGAUCUCACUGCGCAGCUUCUGGCUAAGGACAGGCUCAACUCGUUUUGCUUGAUGGCUCCCUAUUCGCCAGAUGGGCCUCAGAGAUCCAUCAGGGCGUAUGCCAUUUACCCCAAAUCGACCUUCUUCAACCACAGCUGCGUUCCCAACGCGUGCAGGUUUGACUACGUGGACAAACACGACACGAACAUUGUUUUUAGGAUGAUUGUGGAUGUUGCGGAGGGGGAAGAGGUCUGCAUCAGCUACUUCAGGAUUAACAAGGACUAUUGUACAAGGAAGAGGAUCUUGAUGGAGGAUUACGGGUUCGCUUGCGAGUGCGAUAGGUGCAAUUGGGAGGGUGGAGGAGAGGAGAGGAGCGGUGACGCGCCACACGUGGGGUUCCUUAGCAAGUACGUGUGUGGGAGGAAGAAUUGCGCGGGCACUUUGGCUCCAAAGGAUGGCGAUGGUCUUCCCCCUCGUCUUCUGGAGUGCAACUUUUGUGGUGAUUUGAAAAUUGAUGCUGAUGAACACUAGCCAACACCAAUGGAAUGGUUAUACUAUGUGUUAUACUAGCCAGUCUAUUUAACACCAAAGUAACUGGCAAUAGUGUUUCCUCUGGAUUAUAUCAGUUGGUUCAUUGUGUGUUGCGACUCUAGCACAAAAAGUUCAUCAGUAUGCACCGUUUGUUCAUAUUCGUUUGGCCAUGUCCAAUUAGGUCUUAAGUUUUUUUUUUUUAAAGUGGGCACUAUUGAAAUUUAAG